AUGGGUACCACUGAGGAGGCAAUCCCAGGUAUAGUUGAGGAACCGGCUACUGAGGCAGGCCCGGCCAAGACUACAUACACCAGCAACAAGAAACAAAAGAAACCAAAGUCGGGAACCGACGAAAAGAGCACCAUUCACCAUGAGCACGCCAAAGACCCGAGAAAAGCCCAGGAUGAUCAGGUUAUGGGUACAAACAACUCCUCAAUAGUCUCCAAACGCUCCGUCGAAAAACUCUACUACCCCAACGAGCCGCACUUCUUCCGCUUCUUCGUCAAGAAAUUCCAGCGGCGCGCACCCUUGAUCAACAGAGGUUAUCAUUUCCGGUUGCACGUCAUUGAUGUCCUAGUCAGAAACUUCCUGCAAGACCAAAGGACUGGCUCAGAAGCGGAGGGAAAGAGGAAAGUGGUGGUGAAUUUGGGUUGCGGAAGCGAUGUUUUGCCUUGGCAGUGUUUGACGAGGUAUCCUGAUGCUUGUGGCUUCGGAGCAGCAGGGAAGGGGGAUGGAAAGGGGAAAGUGAAGUUUGUGGAUGUUGAUUUCCCGGAUCUUAUUGAGAGGAAGAAGAGGACGGUUUUGGAGACGCCGGAGCUGCUGGGGAUGUUGACGGGGGUUGAGGUGCCGGUUUUUGAGACUGCUCCUGUGUCUGCGACUGCGACUGCUGGUACGGAGACGGCAGUGGCUACGACUACAACUACGGCUGCCACUACGGAGAGCAAAACAGCAGAGGCCACAUCAACAACACCAUCGACCGCAAACUCUACAGCUACGAGGAAACCCAAGAAGACCCCCAAACCAAAGGACAAAUCCAAAGCCGCCCGCGCUCCCGCCCCCACCACCGCACCCACGGGUAUCGUCCUCACCAGCGACCAAUACGUCCAAAUAGGCUGCGACCUGCGCGACCUCUCCACCCUUGAGGCCUCCCUCACCAAAGCCGUCGGCGGCGAUCUUUCGGCAUGCACCUUCCUCUUCGUUGCCGAGGUCUCGAUCACCUACAUGGAGACCCCCGGCGCCGACGCCGUCAUUCAAUGGGCAUCUACCCUCGGCGACUCCGAGUUUGUGCUUCUCGAACAACUCCUACCCUCAGGACCUACGCACCCGUUUGCGUCCACUAUGCUCUCGCAUUUCCAUAAACUCAACACGCCCAUCAAGAGCGUAGAUGUUUACCCUACGGUAGCUUCGCAGGUGGAGCGGUUCCGCUCUCGAGGCUGGGGUGGUGACGACGGCGGAGAUGUGCGCGUUUGGACGCUGUGGGAGGCGUGGGCGGACGAAGAGGACACGUUUGUCAAUGCGGCUGAGAGAUGCAGGCUGGAGGAGGUGGAGCCGUUUGACGAGUGGGAGGAGUUUGCACUUUUUGCGAGCCAUUACUGUGUGAGGGGUCAGAGGAGGUUCGCGGCUGGGGCGGUGUUGCCGUCUUCUUCGAGUUCCGAGAAGAAAGAGGAGAAGUUGUUGAAUGUGAUGGGCUUGGGAACGAAGAGCAGGUUGCAGAAUUGUGAUGUUUACGGUUCGAAGAACGCCGAUGUUGAUGGUACCGAGGAAGAAAAGACGGCGAUGCCGUUCACUUUCCGUGAAGGCGGGCCUUCAACGAGGAUGUGUCACACACUGACGGAUCGCGGCAACGCUCAGCUUCUCGUCGGAGGACGGGCGUCGCCCUCCACACCCCUCAAAGAUUGCUGGCUGUUGGAGAAGAGUAACGGCAAUGAGGGCGAAUGGGCGUGGAAACGCACCCAUGAUCUCCCGAUCCCACUCUACAGGCAUUCUGUCACGAGACUGGGGAAGACAGAUUUGGCACUGCUCGCCGGUGGACGGGGAAUCGCAGAUAUCUUCCCUGACUGGCUUCUUUAUGAGCCCAAGCUCGGCUGGAUUAGAUGCGAACUGGCCGGUGACGUCAAGCCGAUCUCUGUGUAUGGCGCUACGCUCACUUGUCUCCGUCAAGAGCAGGCCUCAUUCUCUGGCGUUUUUGCUGGCGGCUUGAGCGAUGAUGGCCUCAUUGCUGAUCAGCUUCUCGCAUGGAACCUGGACUUGUCCAACAGCAGCAAGCCGGUCGUCCGGUUUGUUCCGCUACAGGUGAAGUCUGGCGCUGGCGGCUCCGAAGAGGCACUCUCCCGUCAACUUCUUGCUAGGUUCGGCGCUUCUUGCCUGCCCCAAAGUCAAACUGACUUCUUGGUUCUUGGUGGUGUUAUCAAGAACCAUCUUCUGGAUCUAGAAGACGAGAUCGUGUUAUGCUCGUUGGACGGCACCGAACUCGUAAUCACGCAACGGCUUGUUGCUGAGGCCGCAAAUGCUGAGACACCAUCUCACCCAGGCCCUUUGCUGUUGGUUGGAACUUCUCCCGUUGUCACACCGGACGGUCGCUGCUUGGUGGUCAUGGGUGGCGGAGCAACAUGCUUCUCCAUGGGAACUUUCUGGAACAAGGGUAUCUCGACUUUAGAGCUACCUCUGCUGCCGGCUGCAAGGGAGAAUGGUGAUUUGGCCGCCACAGCACAUGGCUGGGCGCAUGAGAAGACAGUCGACAUCAUCCCCGGCGAGCCAAGGAGUCUCCCUCUCCGAAAUCAGGCAACCGACAUUGCUGAUGGCGACGUCAAUGGCAGCGUAAGCGUACGCACUCAACCGAUUCCCCGGGUCAAGUUGGAAAAUGCUGAAGACUUUGCCAGGAUCGUACGUGAGGGUCGUCCGGUGGUUCUGGAAGGCCUAAAUCUGGGUGACUGCGUAUCAAAAUGGGGGAACGGUGACUAUGUUGCGGAGAAGGUUGGAACAGAUCGGAAGGUCGUAAUCCACGACUCCACGACACCUGCGAUGGAUUUCACAACGAAGAAUUUCCGUUACGUGACGACCGAUUUUGGCGAUUUCAUGAAGCGCGUCGAGAAAGGGGAUCGGCUAUAUCUGAGGGCGUUGUCGACUGAAAGCCCGACAGAGAAGCCUGCUGUUCUGAGUGACGACUUUUCUUUGUUGGCCACUGAUUUCGUGUUGCCACCUGAGCUGGCUCUGGUAGACGAGAGGCUCUUCAGCUCCGUGCUACGUGUAUCUGGACCAGUAAACAUGUGGCUGCAUUACGAUGUCAUGGCCAAUGUGUACUGCCAAGUCGGUGGCUCGAAGCGCAUGAUUCUUUUCCCGCCGUCCGAUGUUGAGCACCUCAGCUUUGCUCCGGGGGCAUCGAGUUCGAGCAUCGAUGUCUUUUCUACUCUUUUUGGGGGGUCGAGUGAUUCGCGAUACUUGGCUCAAGUGACACAUCCUCACGAAGCUGUCGUGACUCCAGGAGACGUCCUGUUCUUGCCCCCACUGUGGCUGCACACGGCAACCCCUACUUCGGACAGCAGCAUUGCGGUAAACGUCUUCUUUCGCGAUCUCGACGGCGGUUGCUAUGCAGCUGGCAAGGAUGUGUAUGGGAACAGAGAUCUGGCGGCGUACGAGAAAGGCAGAAUGGACGUGACUCGUAUCGCAAACAGCUUCCAAAAGCUGCCGGCUGAGGCGAGGGAGUUUUAUCUGUUGAGACUCGCUGACGAGCUCCGGAGGAAGGCAAAGGGAGCCCAGUAG